UGUUGCUCCGCAAGACAAACUCGACCAUGAACCAUAUUCUCUUCGUCAACUCGCUCCUAAUGAGAGCUGGGAUUUGCUAAAAGGGAAGUUAUAUCCUGGACAAGAUUUGGCUCCUCCAGAACUAUGUGAAAUUCGACAGCAAGUCGUGGAAAUGUGUCAAGGACUACCUCUUACGGUUGUCAUUCUUGCCGGAAUUCUCUCAAGGAUGGACCGACAUGAUUGGAAAGAAGCUGUGGAAGGUUUAAGUUCAAGGAAUGUUUCUAGUACGGAACAAUGUACCGCUACAUUAGAGCUGAGUUACAAACAUUUACCUGAUACUUUGAAGGCAUGUUUUCUUUAUUUUGGAGCCUUUCCAGAAGACCAUGAACACAAUACCAAAAGGUUGAUUUCUCUAUGGGUCGCUGAAGGAUUUGUUCAAAAAACUCAGCUCAAGAGAUCAGAGGAUGUGGCAAAUGAUUACCUGAUGGAACUUAUUAGCAGAAGCUUAGUCACAGUUUCCAAACCAAGAUCCAUUGAUGGGGUCAAAGCCUGUCGCAUUCACGAUUUGUUAUAUGAGUUUUGCGUGACAAAAGCCAAAGAAGAAAACUUUUCGCGGCUGGUACGUAGGGAUGAUAAACUAUCUGAUAUCAAUGUGCCAUUCUACCUACGCCGCUUAUGCAUUGAUUCUAAGGUGGAGCACUUUGACAACUUGAGGUUAUUUUCUCCUGCCAUACGCAGUCUAUUAUUAUUCAGUCACGAUGAAGACAGUAGAAGUAGUUUUGACCUUCGAUUCAUUUUUCACAUCAUCAAACUUGUCAAAGUGUUAGAUUUGAGCCAAAUUAAUCUAGGAAGCACUUUUCCCAGAGAACUAGAACUGCUUGUUCACUUGAGGUACUUGGCAAUUCUAGUUAAUGGUAGGCCCGUCCCCGCAUCAAUAAGUUAUCUCACAAACUUGGAAACAUUGAUUUGGCGAAAUUCUUCUGAUCACGGUUCAAUAAACUUUGGAACUUGGAUUUGGCGAAAUCCUUGUGUUCAUGGUUCAGUUUCAUUGCCAGAUACUAUAUGGAACCUGAAGAAACUAAGGCAUUUAGAGCUAAUUGAUGAGGCCGAUAAGAAUUACCAUGUUAGAUUCCCUGACAACAACCUUGAUAACUCUUCACAGUUGUGUGACUUAGAUAUCUUGUCCUGUCUAAGCCUCAAUCCUCGGAAGAACAUCAACAAGCUGUUGAGAAAGUUUCCAAAUAUCCGCAAGCUGAGAAGCUCUCUUAAUCUUGAUCAGGGCUGUGAAUAUCAUGUAGCAAUGGAUUGUCUAAGUCAUUUGGAAUCACUCAGUCUGAGUUGCGUUGUUUACGGCGGUGACCGAUAUCAGUUAGAUUUCCAAUUUCCUUUGACUAUUAAAAAAUUGACCCUGUCUUAUUUUCGCUUGCCAUGGAGCAAAAUGGUAGCAAUUGGAAAUCUACCCAAUCUUGAGGUGCUCAAAUUACUCGACCGAUCAUUUGAGGGGGAAAUAUGGGAAAUGGAAGUAGAGAAGUUCCCUAAAGUUAAGUUCCUGAAAUUAGAUUACCUGUAUAUUGUGAAGUGGACAGCCUCCUCCGAGUAUGAGUACGAGGACCAGUACUAUUUUCCUCGUCUCCAGAAGCUAGUGUUGGAAAGCUGUGAUGCAUUGCAGGAGAUCCCUUCUUGUUUGGGAAAUAGUUCAACUCUUGAAAUAAUUGAGGUGUCAAAAUGUCCCAACUGUACCAGUUCAUUGGAGGAAAUUCAGGAAGAGCAAAGAAGCAAUGGAUAUACUGAUCUGAAGAUCCUUAUCUCAUAAUGGACGAUUGAUCUUCUCAACAUCAAGAUCAAGCUGCAAGUUUUUGGAGGAGAUCCCUUCUUGUUUGGAAAAUAUAUGAACUCUUGAAAUAAUUGAAGCGUCUAAAUGUCCCAACUCUACAAGUUCAGUGGAGCAAAUUCAGGAAGAGCAAUUAAGCAGGGGAAAUACUGAUCUGAAGAUCCCUAUUUCAUGAUGGAUGACUGAUCUUUUCCAUUGUGUUUGGUUUGGUUGGGCAGCCACUUCAGUGUCCUAUUCUUUAUUAAUCCUUUACUUCUGUACACAGAACUGGUAAUGUUGUAUCUGUUUGUUUUCUUUGCAACUUCUUGUUAUCCCUGUGACAGAAUCUUGUUUUGGGAUAUA